CUUCACUGAGCUCAACCUGCCGCUGUGAACAUCCGCAGAAGAAGCCGGUUAGCGACUGUAAACAAAGCUGAGCCGCAGGUCGGUGAAAAAACUCAGAAAAACAGCCGAAAGAGGAGGAAAGAAAUGAUCCUGAACGCACCAUACUAACACUGAAGGCUCUCCGCCGCUCCGCCAUGAGCCGGGCCGCGGUCUGACUGGACGAUAAUGGCUGCGGAGCUGUUCCCCACUAAGAAGCUGGUCCCCCCCGCCUCGACGAGCAGCAGCACCACCUCCAUCCAGCAGUACCAGCAGCAGAACCUGACCAACAACAACACCAGCAGCAGCACAGCGCAGGGCUGCUGCAACUGGCAGGGCCUGUACCCGACCAUCCGGGAGAGAAAUUCAGUCAUGUUCAACAAUGAGAUGAUGGCAGACGUUCACUUCGUGGUCGGGCCACCCGGCGGGACGCAGCGAGUUCCAGGGCACAAGUACGUCCUGGCCGUCGGCAGCUCCGUGUUUCACGCCAUGUUCUAUGGAGAACUGGCUGAGGAUCAGGACGAGAUCCGGAUCCCUGACGUGGAGCCUCCUUCGUUCCUGGCCAUGUUGAAGUAUAUCUACUGUGACGAGAUCGACCUGUGCGCCGACACGGUGCUCGCCACCCUCUACGCUGCCAAAAAGUACAUCGUGCCUCAUCUGGCCCGGGCCUGCGUCAACUUCCUGGAGACCAGCCUGAGUGCCAAGAACGCCUGUGUGCUGCUGUCGCAGAGCUGCUUGUUCGAGGAGCCCGACCUGACGCAGCGCUGCUGGGAGGUGAUCGACGCGCAGGCCGAGCUCGCUCUGCGCUCUGAAGGCUUCUGCGACAUCGACACCCAGACGCUGGAGAGCAUCCUGCGGCGGGAGACGCUCAACGCCAAGGAGAUGGUGGUGUUUGAGGCGGCGCUGAACUGGGCCGAAGCUGAGUGUCAACGGCAGGACCUGUCGCCGACCAUCGAGAACAAGCGUCUGGUGCUGGGGAAGGCCAUCUACCUGAUCCGCAUCCCCACCAUGGCGCUGGAGGACUUCGCCAACGGGGCAGCGCAGUCCGGCGUACUCACACUUAACGAGACCAACGACAUCUUUCUGUGGUACACCGCCGCUAAGAAACCCGAACUCUUGUUCUGUACCAAACCUCGGAAAGGCCUGGCGCCGCAGCGCUGCCACCGCUUCCAGUCCUGCGCCUACAGGAGCAACCAGUGGCGGUACCGCGGCCGCUGCGACAGCAUCCAGUUCGCCGUGGACAAACGCGUCUUCAUCGCCGGCUUCGGUCUCUAUGGCUCCAGCUGCGGCUCGGCUGAGUACAGCGCCAAGAUCGAGCUGAAGCGUCAGGGCGUGCCAAUGGCCCAGAGGAUCAUCAAGUACUUCUCAGACGGCUCCAGCAGCACCUUCCCGGUCUGGUUUGAGUACCCGGUGCAGAUUGAGCCAGACACCUUCUACACCGCCAGCGUGGUGCUGGACGGCAACGAGCUGAGCUACUUCGGCCAGGAGGGCAUGACGGAGGUGCAGUGUGGGAAAGUGACCUUCCAGUUCCAGUGCUCCUCGGACAGCACCAACGGCACCGGGGUUCAGGGAGGCCAGAUCCCUGAACUCAUCUUCUACGCCUGAGUCUUGCACGAGGGAGAACGCCGCAGAGAUUCCUGUUUCACUGCCACAACGAGUUUUACUUUAAACUGUGGAGAUGAGUUCUCAGGAAGCUGAAGGAGGGAGGGACUCCUGGAGUUACUGCUGAGCCUUCGAGACGUCACAUGAAGAAUCUGAUCCUCACAUUCCUUCACCACCUCUGUCGUCGUCGUCUUUUUUCCCACAGCUGUUGUUGAGUUUUAGUCGUCGUUAUUUCCACUUUUUUUUUUGGUUAAAACCAGUUUAUACUCCUGUGUUGAAUCGACACCGUAGCCUCAUGUGUACCUCGCUAGAAAUGCAGACUACGACUGCUGUGAUCAUUCGGCUCAUUCGUGUCUCCACUCCUAACUCCGACGUCUUCUCUCUUUUCUGCGUCACAGUAAUUUCAGUAAAAGUAACUGUUGUUCAACGUUUAUUAGCUCCAACUCCAACAUAAAGAAACGCAAUGCCAUCUAGUGUUUAGAUGGUGGAAUUACAGCACAACACAAACCCACCAAUGCACAAGCAUAGAUCUCCGAGCGUCACGUGACUGUGUUUGUUUACGUCGCCGUGUUGGCAGGAAAAGCCUGAACAAAAAUUAAUGGAGUCAGCGUCAAUUUCAAGCCGUCAGAGUUCACUUCACACUUUAAAUCCACAGAAGCAGAAUGAUACACAGCUAAACCUGACAGAUUGAACAUCACUGAGCCUUACAAUGUUCAGGACCUGCAGAAUCCAGACAUCUACAACCUGAUCAACUUUCCCUCGUCCAACAAGUUAGCUACGCAAAAUCCACACCACAGUGUACAGGUCUAAAAUGCCUUUUACGAAAAUAGAACUGUUAGAAAUUGUAAUAAAAGAAUGUAACAUAAACCAGAUAUUAAACUUAUGAAGCGUGGGAUUCUGUACCUGAUAUGAAGUGACCACUACACCAGCAGAAUCCGUCGCCUGUUGGUUCCCAUCGCUCUGUUUUCUUCAGCCGGUUUCAUGGCAGUAAUCUAUUUCUUUGAGAAUCUGAUAAAAUGCUCAACGGCUCUCCACCAUGUUCCCUUUUUAUAAAUCCAGCAGGCAGAGAGACGAGUUAGCUGCUUACAGAACAAUACGCUUUACUGCCAAUAUGGCGGCGGCUUGAAUUCGACGAUAACUAUCGGAGCUCUGUAAACACUCAUAGCAGCGUCGCCUCUGUGUCAAUCCUACACAGACGUAUAAAUAAGAUUUACAGUAGAAGUUGCAGUUGUAAUUCUGCUGCAGGGAUGCAUCCUGCAGAGAGGGGUGUUAUGGGUAAUUCUAGGUUGCAGAGGAGUCGACACAUGAUAAUCUUGUGGAGGUGGGUUUGACAUUUUCUUUACUUUUAUUAUUGUCAACAAACCUCACGUUCAGACUCAAACCAACUGAAGACAGAAAUCUUUUAAAACACUUCACAAAUGUGUGCUUUCACUGGUGGAUGUGUUGGGAACUAUUUUCAGCGGCGGAUUAAUCCACAUUUGGUGCAGUAGUGAGUGUUUGCUGCAGGAGGACAGAGGAAUCAGAUACAUGAGGUUAGUAGGAGACAGUCAGUGAUGUUUGAGUCUGUACGUGACAUUUGUUCGCAAUAAGAACCAAGACGUUAACAUUAUUACUAAAAGUAGAGAAGAAAAAAGCCAUGGAAACAUCUCUGAACAUAAUAAAAAUAAUUUAUCAACAGAGGAUAGCAGAGAAUCUGGAACCAGCCUGGACUCUUUUUUUUAAAUACUAAAUUGAUUAAUCAGUAAUUGAAAUCAUUGAUCAGUCACUCGACUUUGUUUCAGUUCUGGAGAUAUCGACAGUGAAUUGUCCGUUAAUGGACUCGUGGUUUAAACACUAACGAAUGUGGCUCCACUUCUCAAAAUGCACAGUGUACAUUUUAAUGUUUGUCCAGCAGGAAGUGACGUGUACAGACGAAUCAAACUCACCUGUCAGCGCAGGUGUUGAAACACUGCCAUCAUGUCUGAGGGCUGUUUUCAGUUUCCUGCCUUAAAGGCGACGUUUAGCUUCAUUUUCCUGCUGUUACUGAAGAACUGAAGGAUUUAAAAACACACAGUAAAGCACUAAAAGAAAGUCAAGCUUUUAUGUUUUUUUUCACCUGUGCAGGUGUUUACUGUCAGUGGUUUUAGUAUUUUAAAGCUGAGUAAUAAGUUUUAUAUUUGUAAUCUGAUCAGAUAAACUGGUGCUGUUCUGUUUCUGCUGCUCUGAUGAUGAUGUGGUCAUUGACAGGUGCAUUUCACCCAUAAGUCACCUGAAAUUCUACCUGUUCAACCUGCAGUGACAGGAUUUUAACUCUAUUUAAACAGGAAUCCUCAGAUACCACCUCUGCAGCGAUCAGCUCCUGUGCUUUUAUUUUGAAAACCCCCAUGUUCUUUGAUUUCCUCUCUUAUUGUUCCUUUACUGUUGCAGUCCUGUAAAAAUACAUAGUUCUGUGACUGUGUCCUGAAGCACUACUUCAUCUAAUCUCUUUGAAAAUGGAGGACAAACUGUUUUAUAUCUGAUUCUAUAUUGAGAAAACAUAUUUUUGGAUGUGUUUGUUUCCUGUUGUCUGAUUCCAACCAGAAUGUGCAGUGAGUCAGUGGCCUUAUGAAUGUGUUGUUGAGACUAAUUUGGAAAUAAAAGGUUCAGUUGA